GAAUCGUGCCAGUUGGAUCCUUGCAUGUUGGAUCCGUGCAAGCCAGAACCGAGUGUGGUUAUCAUUGGGGCAGGAAUGGCAGGAUUAUCAGCAGCUCAUCGUUUGGCACAAUGCGGGCUGCACAAUUUUACGAUACUGGAGGCAACGGAUAGGCCUGGCGGAAGAAUUCAUUCCUGCUGGUUGGGAGAUGUCGUUGCCGAAAUGGGAGCAACCUGGAUAGAAGGUGGAUGCCUGACGAAUCCUAUUUUUACCUUGGCAGCUCAGGAAGGACUUUUAAAAGCCCCACUCUCCAGACCUGAGCCAAAUCAUGGACUCUUUUGUACCAGUGAUGGUCGUGCGAUCGAUCUACCAAUCAGCAUCACAGCAUUCCACACCUUCCGACAGAUCGAACAACAAGCUGCUGCCCUAUUUUCUUUGGGAUGCGGUCGUACCCACGGUACGUUGCUGAAUUUCAUGGGAAUCAGAAUACAGCAGGAGCUACACAAUUUCCCGGAGGAGCAACGAUACGAUGCUGCUAGGGUAAUGUACGGUCUUACAAAUUUUAUGAGAUGUCGUUGCGGUGACGAUCUUUCUCUGGUAUCAGCCGAUCAGUUUGGUAGUUACAUUGAGAUACCUGGUGGAAAUGUAAGAGUACCGCUUGGAUAUGUCGGUGUUUUAGCACCUUUGCUCAGGGAUUUGCCGAGUUGUUGCUUAAAAUACUGUAAACCAGUGAGUUCCGUCAGAUGGGGUGCUAUCGACGAUACCUAUCCACGUGCUGUGGUAAAAUGUUGCGAUGGUGAAGAACAUCCAGCUGAUUAUGUAAUCGUAACUCUACCUCUUGGCGUAUUGAAGCAUCAACACGACAAAAUGUUUUGUCCAUCUUUACCGGCCGAAAAAGUCGAGGCCAUCGCUAAACUAGGAUUUGGUUAUGUUAACAAAAUAUUUCUCGAGUAUGCGAGACCUUUUUGGGUUUGGCGGGAAGGUGGAAUCAAGUUGGCCUGGUCCGCUAAUGAAUUGGCUGAUAGAUGCGAUUGGGUUAAAGGUAUCUCCUGCAUCGAGGAACUUCCAAGCUCGCAACACGUAUUGUGUGCUUGGAUUUGUGGCAAAGAAGCUGCAGAAAUGGAAUUACGUUCGGACGAAGAAAUAGUCGAAUCUAUAACCCGAUUGCUUCGACAAUUCACGGGAGAUCCUACUUUACCAUAUCCAGCUAAUAUUCUCCGAAGCAAAUGGUGUUCGGACCAAUAUUUUGCUGGUGCGUAUAGUUACAUGGGUAUGGAAAGUACAGUAGAUAAUCAGUGUGAUCUGGCAGCUCCUAUUCCAGGUACAUGCGAACCGAUUCCACCGAUACUCUUUUUCGCUGGUGAAGCUACAAUUCCGGGACAUUACAGUACCGUUCACGGUGCAAGAUUAAGCGGGAUUCGUGAAGCUGAAAGAAUAAUUCAAUUGACGAAAAAAUACGGUGGUCCGCCUCAAAGCGAUUCGAACAAAUAAAGUAAGAUCCAAUCGUAUCUUCCCCGUUAAUGUACUAUAGCUUGACAGCUGUUCUUUUAAAAGAUUUUCUUUUUUACACAUCGAAUUAAUAUAA